GUGAGUGUGUGUGUGUGUGUGUGUGUGAGUGAGUGAGUUGAACGCACCACACCAUGGCUGAGCAGGAGUUCCAGAAGAUCGGAGACAAGCUCCUGUCCUACAGAGGAUACGUCUUUCCUACUUCCAACAAGGACAGUUUUACACAGUUUACAGACAGUGUGAAGACGUUCCAGAUCAGAGACGAUGAUGUUUAUGUCAUUACAUUUCCUAAAUCUGGUACGGUUUGGACUCAGCGCAUCAUAACGCUGCUGUAUGAGGACGAGUUUCCGGAGGCUGUGGAGCAGAGUUCAUACGACCGUAUGCCCUGGUUGGAGUUUCCUCAGAAUGGGGAGGAUUAUAACACUCGCCGCUCCCCCCGGCUCUUCUGCUCUCACCUCCAUGAGGACCUGGUGCCCCACGGCCUACAGAACAAAGGAAAGAUCAUCUACGUGACCAGGAACCCCAAAGACAUCAUGGUGUCCUACUUCCACUUCACUCACUUUAUGAGGAUUUUAGAGUGUUCAGAGACGCACGGCGAGCUGAUGGAGAAAUUCUUUAGUGGGCGGAUGGUCGGAGGCUGCUGGUUUGAUCAAAUCAGAGGCUGGUACACCAACAAAUACAAAUACAACAUCCUGUUCCUCAGCUAUGAAGAGAUGAUCAGGGACCUGAGAGGAGUCGUGGUGCAGAUUUGUACGUUUUUGGGGAAGAACGUGUCAGAUGAUGUCAUCGACAGCGUGGUGAAAAAAUCCAGCUUCAACUACAUGAAGAAAGACCCCAAAGCCAACUACGAGUAUUUACCUGAUGAUAUGGUAGAUCAUAAGAAAGGAGGCUUCCUCCGCAAGGGUACAGUGGGAGACUGGAAGAACUUUCUGACAGUGACACAGAAUGAACACUUUGACCGUGUUUAUCAGGAACAGAUGAAAGACCUGCCACUGGACUUUGUGUGGGACAUCACUGACAUACACACAUAACACACACACACACACACACACACAAAUGCUGAUUAAUGUUGUUAUUCCUACUCGUCUGCGAUGGGUUGGCACUCCGUCCAGUGUGUAUCCUGCCUUGAUGCCCAAUGACGCCUGAGAUAGGCACAGGCUCCCCGUGACCCGAGGUAGUUCGGAUAAGCGGUAGAUGAAUGAAUGAAUGAAUGAAUGAAUAAAUUCCUACUCGAAAUUCUACAUUCUUCAGAAUCUUCUUGUCAGUAAAGUGAGUUUUCCUUCAUGUUUAGAUCAAAAGAAUAAAAUACACCAUAAUGUAUAAUGAUGUUAGUGUAAUGUUCUCAGACAGAAACACUGAAAACAGCCAACAAUAACAACAACAACAACAACAACAACAACAACAACAACAAUGUGCUGAUAUGAGCUGCCAUAGUCUCCCAGAGGAGAAAGUAUAAUAAUAACAGUGAAAACAAUUCUACCAUUUACAGUAGAUGUUUAACACCUGCACUACACAUCAUCAUCAUCAUCAUCAUCAUGUUACACAUAAGUCAUUUUGGUUCAUUAAAGUCAUCUGCAUCACCA